AGCAAAGGCCGGCCAGAAGGAUAGAUGCUGGAGAUUAGUGCGAGUAUUGCUGUUUAUAGCAUGCUCUAGCGGUCAACUCUUAACGGGUGUAGAGCUUACAAAUGAGGCGGAGUGAUUAGAAAACUGAUGUCCCUUGACCAGUAGCAAAAGUUAAUGUUCUCUGUUCCCGACGGCUAAAAGGCGAUAUGGUUGGCGAGAUUUUGAGACGCCGCGUACCCUUUGAAGCAUUGCUGCUUUUGCUAUGCUUCUGGGCUGCCUCAGUCACCGGAUCGGAGUACAUGAAGUACAAAGAUCCGAAACAGCCGGUCAAUGUGAGGAUCAAGGAUUUGAUGAAGAGGAUGACGCUAGCUGAAAAGAUCGGCCAGAUGACUCAGAUUGAGCGGACUGUUGCAUCAGCUGAUGUUAUAAAGAACUACCUCAUAGGGAGUGUCUUGAGCGGUGGCGGAAGCGUACCGGCCACAAACGCCUCGGUCGAGACUUGGGUGGACAUGGUGAACGAGUUCCAGAGGGGAGCUCUCUCAACCCGUCUCGGCAUUCCGAUGAUUUACGGGAUCGAUGCUGUUCAUGGCCACAACAAUGUCUAUAAGGCAACUGUAUUCCCUCACAACGUCGGCCUUGGUGUGACCAGGGACCCUCAACUUGCGAAGAAGAUAGGAGCCGCGACGGCUCUAGAGGUCAGAGCCACUGGAAUUCCCUACGUUUUCGCUCCCUGUAUAGCAGUAUGCCGAGAUCCUAGAUGGGGUCGGUGCUAUGAAAGCUAUAGCGAGGAUCCUGCGAUUGUCAAGGCGAUGACUGAGAUAAUACCUGGUCUACAAGGAGAUAUUCCUCCCGGCUCUCGAAAGGGCGUCCCUUUCGUGGCUGGAAAGCAAAAUGUCGCAUCGUGUGCUAAGCACUAUGUUGGAGAUGGCGGCACGACCAAGGGAAUUAACGAGAAUAACACGGUGAUUGACUUCCACGGGCUCCUUAGCAUCCAUAUGCAGGGCUAUUUCAGCGCCGUGAUCAAGGGCGUCUCCACAAUAAUGAUCUCUUACAGCAGUUGGAAUGGGGUAAAGAUGCACUCCAACCAUGAUCUAAUCACGGGUUUCCUCAAGAACAAGCUCAGAUUCAGGGGGUUCGUCAUCUCCGAUUGGCAGGGUAUCGAUAGGAUGACCCCCGUACCAGGCAGCAACUAUACGUACUCAGUGCAAACAGGAAUUCUAGCUGGAAUUGACAUGAUCAUGGUUCCCUACAACUACACCGAUUUCAUUGGCAACAUCACAAUGCUCGUGAACAAAAAUUUCAUCCCCAUGAGCCGUAUCGAUGACGCUGUGAAGAGGAUCUUGCGGGUGAAAUUCACCAUGGGCCUGUUUGAGAACCCGAUCGCCGAUCUAAGCCUGUCCCAUCAACUCGGUAGCCAGGAGCAUCGGGAGUUGGCGCGCGAGGCUGUGAGGAAGUCGCUCGUGCUGUUAAAGAACGGCAAGCCUGGUUAUGAACCGGUGCUUCCGCUCCCGAAGAAGGCACAAAAGAUACUAGUGGCCGGGACUCAUGCUCAUAACUUGGGAUAUCAAUGUGGAGGUUGGACCAUCACUUGGCAAGGCACUAGUGGCAAUAACAAUUCAGUAGGAACUACAAUCCUGGAUGCUGUGAGAAAGACUGUCGAUCAGAGCACCGAAGUUGUGUACCAAGAGGAACCAGAUGUGGGAUUCGUUGAGUCGCGCAAAUUCUCCUAUGCGAUUGUCGUUGUCGGUGAGCAUUCUUAUGCCGAAUCGUAUGGCGACAGCAUGAACAUGACGAUACCCGAGCCCGGCCCAAGCACUAUCAAAAAUGUGUGCGGAUCUGUCAAGUGCGUCGUCGUAAUCAUAUCAGGCCGGCCAGUCGUGAUCGAGCAGUACGUGGCCCAAAUGGAUGCGCUUGUCGCAGCUUGGCUUCCGGGGACCGAAGGCUUGGGCAUAACCGAUGUGCUUUUUGGUGAUUACGGAUUCACCGGCAAGCUCGCACGCACUUGGUUCAGGACGGUCGACCAGCUGCCGAUGAAUGUGGGCGAUCCGCAUUAUGACCCGUUAUAUCCAUUCGGGUUCGGUCUAACGACAAUCCCGGCGAAUGAUUCCUGAAUUCUGGUUUCCCUCUCAGGGUGAAAAACAACGAUCUUGUACUCUUCGAACGAAAAUAAAGGAAACAAAUUCAGAUGCUGCAGCAAA